CGGAUAACCGACGAGACUCCACCUACACGAGCAGACCAGACCAAACCAGACUUUGCCACACGACAUACGUGGGAGAUGGACAAAGAGAGAAAAUAAUAAUAAGACUAUAAGCGAAAUAUACCAUGAUUAUGAUUACAACUUGGUACAUAUGAACGAGUAAAGCAUCAGUUAGUGACUGAGAAAAGAGAGUUGGAAACUCGUUAGUAAAUGUAACAUCUAUUCGGAAAAAUAGCUUGCUCUGGUUCAUUAUUCAAAGCUGUAGAGGGAGAAGUAAUAUCAUCAUUUUUUACUUUUUUUAUCAACUCAAGAGCUCUGUGGAGGGAGUAUCGAGUAGAAUGUCACACUAAUUCGAAAAAAUAAGUAAUCCCGAGAGGCACGCGAAGCACACUUGACCUAAGCAUACUUGGACGAAAGGGUGCAAGCUAACUCGACAUCCACAGAUUACUUUUUUUUACUUUUUUUCAUUUUUUUUCGGUGUUAUUCAAGUGAUAGAAAGUGUUUUAAACAAUAUUGUGAUAAUUGGAUUAUUUAUACAAUGAUAAAAAGUGCUCCCAAUCGUAUUAAUUUAUCAAAAUAACUAAAUGUGAUAUACGUUAUCAUUAUUAUUAUUAUUAUUAUUACUAUUAUUAUUUUUAUUUUUGUUGUUGUGUACUGCUACCGAAUGUAUUUAAAGAAAAUAAGGCUAUGGCAACCGAGAAAAAUCGAAUGGACUCUCCAAAAGCUGCAUUAUCUAUUCAACCAACACCAUUCAGUAUUGAACAUAUUCUCAGCAGUUCAACGAACCACGUGGGACAGCUAGAAAUUCGUCCCAUUAUUCUUCAAGAAUCUUAUGGAGAACAUGAAAACAAUUAUAAUCGUAAUAACAAUAAUCAUAAUAAUAACAAUAAUAAUAGUAAUAAUAAUAAUAAUAAUAAUAUUAAUAUUAAUAAUAACAAUAAGAAAACAUUAGGUGGUGGUGAAACUGUUAUUGAACUUGAUUCUCAAUUAUCAAGUAGCAGUGGAAUAUCUUUUUUGAAAAGACCAACUUCUCCGGAUAAUCGGACGAGUGUAGUUCGUGAGUUGAAUAUCUUGAGAAGAAAUCUAGUCCAGACAAAUUUGUCAAAUUACAAUAAUUUACCGUCAAUUACAAAAGCCAGUUUUCAAAGUCUUGAUCAACUGGAUAACAUAGCAAAUUAUCGUAAAUUUAAAGAUUCGCGAGAAUCAUCGUUAAAUCAUCGUCAGCAAGACGAAGCUUUGGAUAUGAGUAAAACAAAAUAUCUUGAUGAAAUAGAGGAUGAUAUGUAUGAUAAUCAAUCUCACGGGCAAUUACUUCAAAACAGAAAAAAACGUAGUAGAGCAGCUUUUUCACAUGCUCAAGUGUACGAGCUCGAGAGACGAUUUGCAGCGCAAAAAUAUCUAUCAGGGCCAGAAAGAGCUGAUCUUGCACGUGGACUAAAAUUAACUGAAACUCAAGUCAAAAUUUGGUUUCAAAACCGAAGGUAUAAAACCAAGAGGCGACAGCAACAAGAAUUGGGUGCGAUAGUUAAUUCCAGUGCCGCAAGACGAGUAGCCGUGAGAGUAUUGGUUCAUCCAGAUGAGCAAUUGAGAGGAUUACCAUCUCUACGUACUUCAAAUUUACAACUUCCUGGGCAAAUUUCAUGCCCACCACAGAUUCACCCAUCAAACAAACCGUUCAACACGUUCCCUUACUACUGCUUACCCUAUCAUCCGCUUCUCUGUCCUUCACUUCACACUACUCCUCCCCAUUUACAGGUGCAAACUAGUAUACCUCCCGAGAUUGAUCAUCAACUACCCCGUGAAACUCAACUAUCUAAAGUUAUCCAUGAUAACAAUGAUAAAUAAUAAUUCAUAAUCAAAAAUAACAUAAAAUAUAAUCAAUAAUAAUAAUCAUAAAUAUUAUACAAUUUAAAUUUUUUCUCAAAUAUAACUAAAAAUAUAUUAUCAAU